GACAGGGGUUGGUCAUAUGUUAGUGGAUAUAUUCUGAAAUAUGAGAAACCCAAAUAAAUCUCGGUUUUGGUGUCGUACAUCAGUCUCUUGAUGGACCCAUGUAAUACAAAAUAAACGGCCUCACUGUCUGUAUUAGGCAUUGCGCCCCACAAAUUCGGAAAUGGAGCUCCGUGUGGGGAACAAAUACAGACUAGGCCGUAAAAUAGGCAGCGGAUCGUUUGGAGAUAUAUAUUUAGGGACGAAUAUAUCAACUGGUGAGGAAGUUGCAAUUAAAUUAGAAAGUAUUAGGACUAGACAUCCGCAGUUACAUAUUGAGUCGAAGUUCUACAAGUUGAUGCAAGGUGGAGUUGGCAUACCAUCCAUCAAAUGGUGCGGUUCAGAAGGAGAUUAUAAUGUUAUGGUGAUGGAGCUCUUGGGUCCAUCUUUAGAAGAUCUCUUUAAUUUUUGUUCACGUCGGUUUUCGCUGAAGACUGUUCUCUUACUGGCUGAUCAACUGGUUUCUCGAAUAGACUACAUUCACAGUCGGAACUUCAUACAUCGAGACAUAAAACCUGACAAUUUCCUCAUGGGGUUGGGCAAGAAAGGAAAUCUAGUUUAUAUAAUUGACUUUGGUUUAGCCAAGAAAUAUCGUGAUGGACGCUCUCAUCAACAUAUCCCGUAUCGAGAGAACAAGAAUUUGACUGGUACUGCACGAUAUGCCAGCAUCAACACUCAUCUUGGCAUAGAACAAAGCCGUAGAGACGAUUUAGAAUCACUGGGGUAUGUUCUCAUGUACUUCAACAGGGGGUCGCUGCCUUGGCAGGGGCUGAAAGCUGCUAAUAAACGACAGAAAUAUGAGCGAAUCAGUGAAAAGAAAAUGUCAACUUCCAUUGAUGAGCUCUGCAAAGGUUAUCCAGCCGAAUUCCAUGCCUACCUGAACUACUGUCGCUCAUUACGGUUUGAAGAGCGGCCUGACUAUUCUUACCUUCGUCAGCUAUUUCGGACACUCUUUCAUCGUCAGGGCUUCACGUACGACUAUGUAUUUGACUGGAACAUGCUGAAAUUUGGAGGAUCUAGACACGGAGGACCAGAAGAACAGCAACGUGAGCGACGUUUUACAUCGAGAACAGCUCAAGGUGCUACAGGUCCUGCUGUAUGUACAGGGGCUGCAGCAGGAGUUGGUGCUACUAGCCGUCGCACUCAGACACCAUUCGAUACAGUCAAUACUCCCCCGGGCAAUGCUCCUCCAGUUACCACAGCAAAUCCUACAACUGCAUCUCCCCGAGGUCGUGCUGGAGAGGUACAGGAAAGAAGAGUUAGUAUGCGGUUACAUAGAAGUGCCACCGGUGGAGCACCAAAUGUUUCCACAUCAGACCUGACAAAUACACGCAAUCCUGAUGUGUCUAAGCAGACCAACGCCAACGUGGCUCAGAUGGCUCCACCAGUCCCAACGGGGCUGAGCCCCGGGGGAGGAGGGGCCGCAGGGGGGGGAGGAGGCUCUGCUCAUAGAGGGAGCUUGUCCAAGGAUAGCAUCGUUCGUCAUACCAAGAAAUGAAAGAUUGGUGUUGUUGAUACUAAAACUGUGAUCAAAAAGCCAUUGUAUUGAGUCAAACAGUUGUCUGCUCCCUCAAUAAAUGCUUUGAUUAUUCAGUAUGACAGUCUGAACUGAAAGGUAUGAAUUCCUCUCAUGGGGUUUGGGAGCAUAUGCUGGAGGUGGAUGUGUUGGAAGUUGAGCCUGUGAGUACAAGCAGCUCUCAGUUGUGUUGCCUAUGUGAUGUCUGUGAAGUUUGAUAACUAUCAUCUGGAGGAAUAUUACAUCAAUAUGUGCACUGUGUUGGUAAAAAAAAACUGAUUAAAUCAACAGAAUUAUUAGUAAAAAGAUUACUGGAAAAAUACCCACUUUGGGUGAAGGUUGUCUACAAGAAAUAUGUUUAAAAAGACUUUAAAAAAAAUUACCCACCUUGCAUUUUAUAAGAAACAUGCCUUUGUAAUUUUAAAUGUGAAUUUUGGCAAAAUCAAUUGUGUAUUGCAAUUUCUGCGAGAGAAUGGAGCUGUUGUGUAAGGAGAAUGAGUCUGCUGUCAGGACAUAUCUCUCUCUCUCUCUCUCUCUCUCUCAUGUGUGAUUGUGUGCCUGCGUGUGUAAAGAGUGGUGUGUGUGUGUGUGUGUGUGUGUGUGUGUGUGUGUCUCCAAAGUUGUCUUAUGUUUUGUUUCAUACACAUAUGAAGCAGCUGAUAUCUCAUACAGAAAUGAAAUAUGUUUUAAUGUUUUUAUAUAGAUAUAUUUUAUUCUUUAAUUAAACUAGUCAUUCACUCCCUUCGUGUUAUUUGACUUCUGUGCAGCAGAGAGAAAUUUAAUGAGCCAAGCUGUCUGUGGUUUUCUGUGGCUGACAUCUAAAUAACAGAAUUUUUGUAAUGUGAUUUCCACUAGUUCUUGCUGUUGAGAAGCACCAGAAAACAAAGAAACCAUCUUUUUUCCAGUUACCUAGAGUCAGACACAUGGACAUAGCGAUAUUGAAAUAUAAUUCCUAAUUUUUAUUUAUAUUCUAGAGAUUGUGUCUUGUUUAAUUGUUUAUAAAAAUGUAUGUGAUAUAUUUUAAUUAAUGUUCUACACAAUUAUUUUGUAUUUUUGCAUUGCAGAAGCAAUGUUCAUAACAUUUCCUAGCACCAGUUCUGUGUUUUAAGUUACAGAGAAAGUUUUGAAUACUAGAAUAGUUAUCCGUGUAAUGAAUGAUGUGAACCUUCCCCUUGCUCAUUACCUGUAACAGAUGGAAUGUAUUCAUCCAAGCUAUUUUCAGAACUGCUUAUUAUAAGGAACAAUAACAAUUUUGCACUAACAACAUUGUAAGACUGAUUCCUGAUACAGUGGUGUUGUUGUAGAAAUUUGGUUUUAAUAAUGGAAAAUUGUUUGAAUAGGUGUGUAUAUAAAUUAAAAUUUGUAUGUAUUGUGUGCUUUGUAAAUUGUUCAUGUUAUAUGUAUUGCCUUCGAGAACAUAGAAAAUGCUAGUUAUAUCAUUUAGACAGUGUGGUUGUUGGAUGUUGAAAAAUAAUUCUGCAAAAAGAACUUCUUAGUUUAUUCCCUUAUUUACAAAAUAAAUUCUGCAACCAAUCAUUUAAAAACUGUUGUGAGAACAGUUUCAGAUUUAAAUGUCCUGUUUGUGUGUGUGUGUGUGUGUGUGUGUGUGUGUGUGUGUGUGUGCACUCUGUUAUAAUACAUUUUCGGUGUGGCCUGCAGAUAUUUCUUUUUCCUCCAAAUAGAAAAGGAGUACUAGAACUAUACACUAAAAUUAAUUUGGUUCCAAACUGGAGCCUGGUGAUUUUGACUUGACAUUUACACAAUAACCUUAAGAUUCUGACCAAAGACUUCAUUCCUUAGAGAACAGAGAAUUAAAAAUACGGUAUCCUUCAUUUACAUACAUAUGUAUUGUGUGGAGCCUGUGGUUUUGUAAAAAUUUCAUUAUGUUUAACACUGUCAAAAAUGAUAACUAGUCCCUCAUAUUUCAUAAAGUGUACUGCCUCAUUCUGAUUAUGGGAACAAACUACUCUGGCUGUUUAAAACUUCUGGUUUUUUUGUGGAAGCUGGAGCCCUUGGAAGUGGGAUGUGCUGUAUUAUCACCUGUAUGCAAAGGUGUCCGUGACAGGGGCACUUGCACUCCCCCCUUCCCUCCUUGAAUCUGGGAUACAGAGUUUUUACUCAUAUAUUGAGUGGAUGCCCAAUUCUCUGGGAUAGAAUAAGGUUUGUGUAUCACCUAUAAAAUUUGAUUCUUAUGGCAUGACAUCUCAAAACUGACCACCUCAUUUAUAAAAGAAAUGCUGAUUUUUAGAGUCUCGACAUCCAAUCCCCACUGCUUGGAAAAAUUUCAGUGAAUACCCAUGUCUGUAAGUGACUGAUCUGGACAUUUCAUCACACAUUAAGAGAGAUGUUUAUAUUAAAGUUACACUGAAGCAAGCAAGGAGUCAAAAAUUGUGUAUUUGUGUAGCUAAAUCUGUGCAAUUGCCUGUUAGUUUUCCAGUGUCAAAAGUUGUUACGCUUCAACAUCAUUACAUUUUCGUAAAUAAAUAAGAUUGAAAUGUCUCAUGCACUUUUGUUAGUUAUAAAAGGAAUUUAAAUUUUCCUUCAAUAGGACAGUAUCUAUUAUGAAAGAAAAUUUGGCAGAAAAAUGAGAACUUAUGAGACAGGCAAUAAACUACACAGACUGUUGAAGAAAGAUCCCUCAGUCUUAUUUGAUGUUUCAGUUUGCAGCUUUUUAAGAACUGUAGCGUUUUCUUAGAAUGUAUUCUGCCUACCCAGUCAUCACCAUCAAAAUCUCUUAAAUGUAUUCGGAGUUAAAACUGCAGCAGAAUCUUGCAACAGUUAUCAUUAAAAUCACAUUACUCUCUCUCAUUACUAAUUUCUUGGACUAUAUUUCUUUA